CCGCAGCCCCGAACCAUGAUGAAGACCUUGUCCAGUGGGAACUGCACACUCAGUGUGCCCGCCAAGAACUCGUACCGCAUGGUGGUGCUGGGCGCCUCGCGGGUGGGCAAGAGCUCCAUCGUCUCUCGCUUCCUCAACGGCCGCUUCGAGGACCAGUACACGCCCACCAUCGAGGACUUCCACCGGAAGGUCUACAACAUCCGCGGCGACAUGUACCAGCUGGACAUCCUGGACACGUCUGGCAAUCACCCCUUCCCUGCCAUGCGCAGGCUCUCCAUCCUCACAGGCGACGUUUUCAUCCUGGUGUUCAGUCUGGAUAAUCGGGACUCCUUCGACGAGGUCAAGCGCCUCCAGAAGCAGAUCCUGGAGGUCAAGUCCUGCCUGAAGAACAAGACCAAGGAAGUGGCAGAGCUGCCCAUGGUCAUCUGCGGCAACAAAAGCGACCAUGGCGAGCUGUGCCGCCAGGUGCCCACCACCGAGGCCGAGCUGCUGGUGUCGGGCGACGGGAACUGUGCCUACUUCGAGGUGUCGGCCAAGAAGAACACCAACGUGGACGAGAUGUUCUACGUGCUCUUCAGCAUGGCCAAGCUGCCGCACGAGAUGAGCCCCGCCCUGCACCGCAAGAUCUCCGUGCAGUACGGGGACGCCUUCCACCCCAGGCCCUUCUGCAUGCGCCGAGUCAAGGACAUGGACGCCUACGGCAUGGUCUCGCCCUUUGCCCGCCGUCCCAGCGUCAACAGUGACCUCAAAUACAUCAAGGCCAAGGUCCUCCGGGAGGGCCAAGCCCGCGAGCGGGACAAAUGCACCAUCCAGUGA